AUUUAUCUGUUCACCCUGAUGGACUGAAGGUCAUCACUUUCCCCUCUUAAAGACAAAAACACAAGUCAUAUAGUGGGGAGGCCAGAUGGCAGUGAGAGAGAGAAUUCCCGCAACGCUCUGCUCUCGAGUGUUCGUGAAGGCGGUGACUUCAAGGGCAGCUAGCUGGGCGUUCCAAUCCAGACCCUGAUGAAGGCCUUCCAACUUGGGGUGAGUGCAGGUGAGGACCUGCCUCGGAUGAGCCGGCCAGGCCACAGCAGGACCGGUGCCCAGUGGGGCGGAGUUACUAAGAUCAGGCUUGGGGAGGGAUUCGAGGAGAGGCGAUGAGGCAAGGAUGUGGAGCUUGGUAGAGGUGGGCUGGGUGGGCGCGCAUCCCAACUCCGCCACUUAGAACGUUUCCCUCGGGUACCCUGGCAGGUCUCGGCACCCCAGGGCUGGCUCAGAGCCGCCGCCCCUCCUCUGCAGGCCGCGGGGUCCCAGGUGCUCCCCGCCCCCUCUCCGGGCUGCGGCGGCGGCGGCGCGGGGAAGAAGGAAGGACGGGCCAGGCGGCCGCGGCUUUCCCCUCCCACCGCCCGCCCGCGCGAGCUUCCCCGCGCCGCGCUCCCGCCGCAGCCGCGCUUCCCGGGCCGAGCGAGCGGGCGGGCGGACAAGGCCAGCGCGGGGCCGUCCGGCUUUCCUCCUCCCGCGGCGUCCUGGGGCGUCCUGCCACGAUGGCCGAGGCUGAGCAGGGCUGAGCCACCGCCCGGAGCCCCCGGCCCCCUUGAGUCCCUGCCAUGGCGAAGCAGUACGAUGUGCUGUUCCGGCUGCUGCUGAUCGGGGACUCUGGGGUGGGCAAGACCUGCCUGCUGUGCCGCUUCACCGACAACGAGUUCCACUCCUCGCACAUCUCCACCAUCGGUGUUGACUUUAAGAUGAAGACCAUAGAGGUUGAUGGCAUCAAAGUGCGGAUACAGAUUUGGGACACAGCAGGGCAGGAGAGAUACCAGACCAUCACAAAGCAGUACUAUCGACGGGCCCAGGGAAUAUUUUUAGUCUACGACAUUAGCAGUGAGCGCUCUUACCAACACAUCAUGAAGUGGGUCAGUGACGUGGAUGAGUAUGCACCAGAAGGAGUCCAGAAGAUCCUCAUUGGGAAUAAGGCCGAUGAAGAGCAGAAACGGCAGGUGGGACGGGAGCAAGGGCAGCAGCUGGCUAAGGAGUAUGGCAUGGACUUCUAUGAAACAAGUGCCUGCACCAACCUCAAUAUCAAAGAGUCCUUCACGCGCCUGACGGAGCUGGUGCUGCAGGCCCACAGAAAAGAGCUGGAUGGUCUCCGGACAUGUGCGAGCAAUGAGUUGGCACUGGCAGAGCUUGAGGAGGAGGAAGGCAAACCCGAGGGCCCAGCAAACUCUUCAAAGACAUGCUGGUGCUGAGGGUCCUGCAUGGGGAAUCCCCACACAACCCCCUUCCCUCGGGAGGCAUGUGGAAGCAGGGGAGUCUGGGCUUUGCCCACUGCUGUCCUCUCGUUUGAUGACCCUGUUGAAAAUCAGUAGCCGCUGCUUCCCCGCCUGGUCUUGUGAGCAGCUCUGCUGUGGUCUCUGAGCAGCCUCUGCCCCCUGCCCCUCUACCCUGGAGUGGUAUCCUUCAGCCUGUUUCCCAGCCACAGGCCUGCUGUGACCCCAGAAUGUGCUGCGACCACCAUCUCACCACCCCCAAGCUCCUGGGACAAUGGCCAAGGCCGGAGCCAAGACCACUUAAAGCCUCCUUUCUCAGUGCAUCUUGUCUCCUCUCUGCUCCUGCCCUGCCCCCCAACUUCCUCCAGCACCUUUGUCCAGCGUGCUUGUAUCCAAGUCUCUCCUCCCCUUUUGCCUAUGUGUCUGCUGAGUGGCUGCUAGUGCAGCUCCUUCCUUUCUCCCUAACUCUGUCUAAGGGAAUGGACCCAGGCUCUGCCCCAGGGAGGAUAACCCACCCUGCUCUGGGGUAGGCCAAAGGCUAAGGGUGCUUCUUUCUCUGCCCCACCCCAUCACCCCUCCUUGUGCCAAGGGCCUGCCUCCCCAGUGACCUGGGAAAGUGGAACACUGAAGUAGGAAGGAAACAGCGCCCGGUGGUCCUCAAGCCUGGGCUGGCCUAUCUCUGCCUUCUCCUUUUGCUGGAGCUUUGGCCUUGCUUGGCUGCCUUCAUGCCUCUGAGGGGAACUGAGCUCAGAGGCAGGCACUUUAGAGGAGAAAAAAAAAAAA